CAAGCUUUUAACCUUUGGUAGUUGAAAGCUGGAACUCUUACCCCUCUUUCUCUCUCUGUCUCACUAACUCUGCAUUGGUCCCCCUGCAAAUCUGCUAGCCUUUCGCCGUCUUCUACGUCCACUUGGAUUCUCUCUCCCUCUGUGAAAUCAUGGGUUCUCUUUGUUCGAGCUCAGUUACUAAUUCUUGAGACUUUAUCUGAUUUACCUUCUGAAUUGGUGUAAUUUGACUAAUCCAAGAAACUUUGGUUUCCCCAAAACCACGUUUCUUGCUUUCCUUUUGGGAAUGCUCUGUCCAUGAUUGUUUCUAUCUGGGUUUUGGGUAGGUGAGGAUUUUGCAAAGAUUGCUGAUUUGUUUAAGGAAAUUUAAACUGUUUUCUGGGAUCUUCGUUUAAUGAUAAAAAAAUUGAAAAGAAGCAAUUUUUUUAACCAAAGCAGCUUAAUUUAGAGGGUUUUUAGGGAUCUUUGGAAGCCAUUAAAGAAUUACUUUGACUGCUCACUUUUUUUAAAUAUAAAGUUUGCAUAUUUUAUUUUACUUGCUGAUUGAGACUUCAGUAUUUAAAGUAAGAUUUUAUUCUGUAAAAUAUAUAACUCUGAGGAAUAUAUAAAUUUAUUUAUUUUUCACUAUAAGUUGAACUGGGAUUGUUUUAUAGUGGGGUUUUUGGUUGGGAGUUCACGUCUUCAAUCACUCCUGUCUUUGGCAUUCUAUAUAUACACCUAUAUGUAUUUAUUUCUGGUGCUUUGAACUCAGCACUAAUGACUCGUUUACUAAUCCGUUGUCGAAAUCUUUAAGAUCAAUAUGUUUGUGUUCAUGAAGCUUUGUGCCAUUUCAGAAUAACAGCGAUUUUCCAGCUCAUUACAAUGCCUUUGUCCGAGCUUUAUCGGAUGGCCGGAAGGGUUGAUUCAAAUCAAGAUUUUGAAAAUGAUUUUCUUGAGUUGGUAUGGGAAAAUGGUCAGGUUAUGAUGCAGGGUCAGUCCAGUAGAACUAGGAAGAAUCCGUCUUUUAAUAGCUUACCGUCUUUUAACAACCCAAAAAAUCGAGAUAGAGAUGUAGGAAAUGGCAACAUUGGGAAGACAGGAAAAUUUGGGUCUGUGUUGGAUUCUGGAUUGGAUGAAAUUCCGUUGUCAGUGCCAUCUUCUGAGAUGGGUUUGAGUGAGGAUGAUGACAUGUUGCCUUGGUUGAAUUAUUCCAUUGAUGAGCCUUUACAUCAUGAGUACUGCCAUGAUUUUUUGCCUGAAUUUUCUAGUGCAACUGCAAAUGAGGCUUCCACCAAUCACAAUCUUGCCUCGAUCGAUAAGAGGAGUAGUUCUAGUCAGGUGUUUAGGGAUUCCAAUUCCAAUUCUGCACAUGAAGGUGCUUGUUUGCAACAAAGGAAUGUGGGAAAGGUUCCUUUGAAUGGUGGUGCUGAUGCUAGCAGACCUAGAUCUGGUGCUACUCAGUUGUACUCAUUAUCAUCGCAGCGAUCCCAAGCGUCGUUUCCAUCUUUUAGAUCAAGGGUUUCGGAUACUGCUGGUGAUAAUACGAGUAGUGCCACUCAUCGUGGUGUUGGCAAGAAUUCAACUCAGAUUUCAUCUGCAGGCGGGUCUCCUGUAAUGAAGAUACUGAGGCCAGAUCCAGUAACGCCUAGUAAUAAUAAUCCACCCAUAGUGAACUUUUCCCAUUUUUCACGACCAGCUGCUCUUGCGAAGGCUAAUGUUCAGACCAACGGUGUGAUGGCUGGCUCAGGUUCAUCAAGCAUGAUAAGGAUUGCAAAUAAGGACAAGUUUUCAGCUGCAACUGGUAACAAUCUGCCCGAGUCAAUGCCAAUUGAUUCAAGCAGUAGUGCACAAAAGGAGUCAAAUUCACAAUGCCAACAGAUUCUAGUGAGAUCCAGUGUUGAAUUGAAACCAACAGAAGCUAAGCCUCUUGAGGAACCAUGUACUGCUAAGCAGUCUGAGGGAACAUGCCAAGAGGAAACCUCUAAGGAUGACAUAAAUUCCAAUCAUAUUCCUUGUGAAAGUGCAGUUAGGGUAUCUCCGAAUGGUGAAAAAACUGUGGAGCCAGUUGUUGCUUCUUCUGUUUGCUCAGGCAAUAGUGUGGAGAGAGGUUCAGAUGACCCAACACAAGCUUUGAAGAGAAAAUUUCGUGAGACUGAUGAGUCUGAAUGCCAUAGUGAUGAUGUAGAGGAAGAAUACAUGGGUGUGAAGAAAGGAGAUCAUGCUCGAGGCAUGGGUUCCAAGAGAAGCAGAGCAGCAGAAGUGCAUAAUUUAUCGGAAAGGAGGCGAAGGGACAGAAUCAAUGAGAAGAUGCGUGCGCUACAGGAACUCAUACCCAAUUGCAAUAAGGUGGACAAAGCUUCAAUGCUCGAUGAGGCUAUUGAGUAUUUGAAGACGCUUCAACUCCAAGUACAGAUGAUGUCAAUGGGGGCUGGUAUGUAUAUGCCACCAAUGAUGUUACCACCAGGAAUGCAACACAUGCAUGGACCCUGUAUGGCUCAUUUCUCGCCCAUGGGUGUUGGAAUGGGAAUGGGAAUGGGAUUAGGCAUGGGUUUUGGGAUGGGUAUGCCCGACAUGAAUGGUGCAUCUUCUAGUUACCCUAUGCUUCAGGUGCCCCCCAUGCAAGGAGCACAUUUCCCCGGUUCACAUAUGGCAGGGCACACCGCCUUCAAUGGGAUGAUGGGAUCUAACCUUCAGAUGUUUGGGCUUCCUAGUCAAGGAGUUCCAGUGCCGAUGCAACGUGCCCCCUUAGCUCCCUCAUCGGCAGGUCCCUUUGUGAAGUCAUCUGCAGGACUAAAUGCAGGCAGUUCAGGAGGACCUGUGGAAAAUGUGGAAUCAGCUCCAGUUUCUGGUUCAAAGGAUUCGGUUCAGAACAUGAACUCACAAGCGAUGCAAAACAGCAAUGCCAAUAGCUCUAUGAAUCAAACAUCUAGUCAGGGCCAAGCAACUAAUGAGGGAUUUGGACAGUCUGCAUUGGUGCGAAAUAAUGUUCAAGUGACGGAUGUUAACAACAGCAGAGCUAACGGAUAACAGAAACGACGUUGUGUUUAGCCGAGCAGCUAGUUUCGGUUAACAAGCAGUUGUAUCUGUCGUUGGAGGAGAGAAAUCCAUGUUGCAGCAUCCUGAGAUUGGACCUUUUUUGCUUGCUUCUGAUCUGGGUAGAUGCAUUUUACAAGUACACAAAAAAGUAUGACCGAGUCGAAGAGUUUGAUUGAACCUUGGUAAUAACCAUCUGAAUUCUAAUUUCAGGAGAGUGCAAUUACAUGUUGCACAGGAUUAGGUACCUUGAGAAGACUUUGAAGUCCCUUCUACCAUUUGUACAUUCACUUUGUUGCCGGUGAGGUAACGCGAUGCAAACGAGUUGAGAAGAUACCGGGCAUAUGUAUUAAAUGUGUGUUUUGGACAUAUUAUAACAAUUCUUUGAAUUCAUGAAAUGAUAGUAAUGUCUGAAUACAUCUGUUGUACUCUC